AUGGACAUUAACGAAUAUAGAAAGCAGGCCAAAAAGGCCGUCGACGACAUCGCCGACUACUACGAAUCGAUCCCGUCGCGCCCCGUCCUCGCCGACGUGCGGCCCGGCUACCUCCGGCCGCUGCUGCCCGAUGCGGCGCCGCUCGAGGGCGAGUCGAUGGAGGCCAUUGUGGCCGACGUGCAGUCCAAGAUUAUGCCGGGCAUCACGCACUGGGCGCACCCGGGCUUCAUGGCCUUUUUCGCGUGCACGGCCUCGCACCCGGCCAACAUUGCCGAGAUGUGGUCCAACGCCUUCAACGGCGCGCACUUUAACUGGAUCUGCUCCCCGGCCGUCACCGAGCUCGAGACGGUCGUCCUCGACUGGCUCGCCAAGGCCCUCGCCCUGCCCGACUGCUACCUCUCCGGCGGGCCGACCCACGGCGGCGGCGUCCUCCACGGCAGCGCCUCCGAGGCCAUCCUCACCGUCAUGGUCGCCGCCCGCGACCGCUACCUCGCCCGCGUCACCGCCCACCUGCCCGACGGCGAGGACAGGGACGAGCAGAUGUGGCGCCACCGCAGCAGAAUGGUCGCGCUCGGCAGCGCCGGCGCCCACUCGAGCACCAAAAAGGCCGCCCAGGUCCUCGGCGUCCGCUUCGACACCGUGCCCGUCGACGAGGCCAGCGGCUACGCCAUGACCGGCCCGGCUCUCCAGGACAAGCUCGCCCAGCUCCGCGCCAAGGGCCUCGAACCGUUUUAUCUGACCGCCACGCUCGGCACCACCGACGUCUGUGCCGUCGACGACUUUGCCGGCAUUGCGGCGACUCUGGCCGCCGCCGACACGAGCGCACAGAACAACGGCACCACCACCACCACUACCAACGGCACUGCCGCCACCGCCGCCGAGGGCAACGUCUGGGUGCACGUCGACGCCGCCUUUGCCGGCUCCGCGCUCAUCCUCCCAGAGUACCAGCACCUGACGCCGCCGCUCGCCGCUUUCCACUCGUUCAACUUCAACCCGCACAAGUGGCUGCUGACCACGUUUGACUGCUCCGCCGUGUGGGUGCGGUCCCGGGCCGACCUCAUCACCGCGCUGAGCAUCAAGCCCGCCUACCUGCGCAACGAGUUUAGCGACUCGGACCUCGUCACCGACUACCGCGACUGGCAGGUGCCCCUCGGCCGCCGCUUCCGCUCGCUCAAGCUCUGGUUUGUCCUGCGCAGCUACGGCCUCGCCGGACUGCGCGCCCACGUCCAGCGCGGCAUCGACCUCGGCCGCUCGCUCGACGACAAGCUCGCCGCCCGCCCGGACCUGUUUGUCUCGUUUACGCCCGCCCGCUUCGCCCUCGUCUCGUUUCGCGUCGUCGGCGCCGACGACGACGAGCGCAACGCCCGCACCGAGACCCUCUACGAGACCCUCAACGCGUCCGGCCAGGUCUACCUCACCAGCACCGUCGUCAAUGCCGUCUUUGCCAUUCGCGUGUCCACCAGCACGGCUGCGGUGCGCGAGGAGCACGUCCAGGCCACGUUUGACCUGAUUGUCAAGGAGACGGAAGCGCUGCUGGCCAAAGCGUAG